GUAAAGAUCCGAUUGUAUUUGUAACAUUUCCAUUUGUAACUGCUAACACACUUACCUCCCCAGUACAGUAUGGAACUAUGUUUAAGAACCUCAAACAGAAGACGCUCAACUCCUCCGGGCUUGAUUCGUCUCUGCUAAGUGUGCGCAGCGUCAGUUCCUCUUCCUUAGUUGAAGAUAAUCACUCCACAGCAGACCCCAAUGUCUCUGUCCUAAACAAUCACCACCAGUCCCUGGAGAGCCUCUCCAGUAUCAAUGAAGACCUGCCCCCGACUCCCAGGGCUAUGUUUGGGAACCUGGAGGACAUUAUUGACGAUUUAAAGGCCCAGAUCGGUAAGAAAGAUAACGACAACAAGAAGUUGCAAAGUGUUAUCAAGGAACGUGAGAAAAGGGUGAAUGAAUUGGAGGAUAACUGUAAGAAAGAGGAAGAAGGUAGACUUGCAUUGGAACGAGCUUACGAAAAACUUGAGGAUACAAAUGAAGUUAACAGACAACAGCUGGAAGAAAAGCUUAAUGCAGAAAAAGUUUCAGCUUGUAACCAGCUUCAAAAUCAGGUGGAUAAGCUUAAAAAAGACAACGAGAAGUUAAGUAAGAAGAAAAAUAAUUCCGCAGAUGCUGUUGCAUGGCAGAACAAAGCUGAAUCCCUGGAGAAAGCUUACCAAGAGCUGGUUGAGGUUCAGGAACACUGUGAAAUACAGAUCCAGAAAAUGAAAGAUUUAAUCAAAAUGAAAGAUGACGACUUACAAGCUUUGCAAGACACAUACCAUGAGACUGAGGAGCGGUGUCGGAAUAUUCAACUACAAGCUGCUUCCAAUAAGGCCCAAUCACAAGCGUCUGGUAUGGAUGAAGAUCAUGCUGAAGAUUCUUGCGAUGAGGACACAGAAAGGGUUGCAAAAGAAGAUUUAGACGCUCUGAACUGGCAAGUAGCCUCGUAUCAGCAAGAGAUUGAAGCUCUCGAAAAACAUGUUGUCAAGCUAGAGUUAGAACUGGAAGAUAUCCAGCAGAAGAGCGGUGAUAAAGACUUCCGAAUUAAUCGCCUGCGUGAGGACAUGAAGAACAAGGAUCUCGUAAUUGAUACCCAGAAAUGUGAUUCUCUUGAGCUUGCCAAUGCUGUUGAUAGGACACAAAACCUGUUAACAGACGUUAGAACUGAGCUAGAAGUUACUAGAUCAAGUUACACUAAGAGCUUAAGUGACCUUCAAGAGGAUAUUGAUACCAUCACUUCCCAGUACAAGGAAUGCAAACAAGAGUGCAAGAAGCAGACAGAACUUGUUGAGCAGCUCGGGAUUGCUGCUUCUGCCACAAAAACUCUCAAAUCAAAUCUUCAGGAUGAUUUGGACGAUUUGAAAGCGAAAUCAAAAGAAAGCGAAUCUGCUCGUGCCAACUAUGCUGUUGCUGAGGAGAAGCAGCAGAGGUUGAUCGAGAGCUUAGAAUUGAAGCUUGAAAAGCACGAGUCUUUGUAUGCCACGAUACUGUCAUUGAGAGAGGAACUGGCAGCUUCACAGCAGAAUGAAGAAGAGUUGAAGCAAGAAAACGAUUACCUUACAGUGGCCAGGGAGAGUUGGUCUGAGGAGAGGAACGAGCUUGAGGCUGACUUUAAACGACAACUUACUAAUCUAUCUGAUAAAAGAGACGCUCUAAAACAAGAGGUGGAACUUUUCCGAAGGUCAAGUCAAGCCACGAUAUUACCUGUUUCUAGCUCUCUUCAAGCCAAGUUUUUCAAAGGUGUUACUGAAGUUGAUAUUGCUACUCGUAAAGACAUUGAGGAGGAACUACAUGAUGUUCGAGACAAAUGUAAAGGACUGGAAAUUGAAUUAGCAAGCAAGACAAAGCAGCUAAAACAGAACCAGCAGCAUUUGUCCGACAUGAAGAGAACACUUCAAGAUGAACUUCGAGGUGGCAGCAACGUCUCACCCUCAACCUCACGAGCCAGUCCUGCUCUGAACAGAAAAUACGAGGUCAUUCCUGUUACUUCGACUGAUAAUGCGAUCAAAAAUUCAAACGAUGGAACAUUCACAAUGAUGGAGCCCAUAAACUUAGAAUAUUUAAAACAUUGUGUCGUAAAAUUCAUGUGCUGUCUUGAUAAUGAAACAGCUUAUCUACUGAAAGUUAUCAGUGUUCUGCUUCAUUUUACUGCUGAGGAGAGCACCAUUGUGCAGGAGGCUCUUCGAGCACGUUCAAGUUGGUUCAAAUCAAGGCCAAAAUCUGUGCAAAGAUUGAAAAGCACUAGAUGACUUUGCACAUUAUAAACCACUGUAUUUGUCUCCUAACGUUAAGAAAUUUAAAGAACAGUCUUUGAAGUUAUGAUUAUCAUCUAUUGAGAAUUGUAUACAAGCUAGAUAUAAUUUAUGGAUACAAUUAAUAUAAAAUUGAGCGUUUUUGUACAUAUUUUAAGCAUUUUUGAGACCAAUAACAUUUAUUUACAUACUUAUCUCAUAAUCAUAUCAGGUCUAUACUUAUAUUCUAAGUUAAUUAUUUACUGUAAGGGCUUAGAAAAGUAGUUCUUUAAAAUUCUUUUUGAUUUAAUUAAAGGGAUUAUAGGACAUUUUUAUUGUAAACGUUGUUGGUUUGAGUUACCAGUUACAUAACGUAUAUUAUAAAUUCAGUCAAAAUCCGGAUCGAAUAUAGUCAAAUAAAUUUCGUUACAUCCCCCGGCCCCCAGGCCCCAGGACUCUUCAACUGGCGUUUGACUGUUAAUAUGUUAUGUUAUGUGAUAGAAUUUUGAUAAUUAGCGUGAAAAUAAAUGUUGAUUAUACAGAUUUAUUAUUUUGUCAAGUGGAAACAUCAUAUAUGAGUUCGAGUUUAUUUAAGUUUUGUCAA